AUGACUUCAGCCUCGCAACCUUCCUUCACCCGCUUCGUGCGGUUCAUCGCCCGUGAUGCUCCCAAUAAGGUCCUCAUCGGAGAAACCGAGUCUGACUCUGUUGAUGUCGGUUUGGCUCUUCGCGAUGGCAAGGAGGUAAAGGCCAUUGUGUGGUCGGGCUCCAGCGUCAUCAACCCUGGUGUCAAGACCGACCAGCGGGCUGUGAUCGACCGCGUUCUUUCACCCGUGUCUGCCGAGGAGGUCGGCACCAUCCGCUGCAUCGGACUCAACUACGUCCAACACGCCAAAGAAGUCGGUGUUCCUCUUCCCGAUGUUCCGACCGUGUUCCUGAAGCCGAGCACGGCUCUUGGAAACCCUUGGCCGGAGCCAACCGUCCUGCCUCUCCUCACGCAGGCUGAUGAUUGUGGUGAUUACGAGUCUGAGCUCGCCAUCGUGCUGGGCAAGACGUGCAAGAACGUCUCCGAGGCCAACGCCCUCGACUACGUUUUGGGCUACACUGCCUGCAACGACGUUUCUAGCCGUACCUAUCAGAUGAACCAGUCACAGUGGUGCUUCGCCAAGGGAUUCGACGGUUCAUGCCCGCUGGGCCCGACUUUGGUGUCGAAGGAUCUUAUUCCUGACCCUAGCAAGCUGCAAAUCCGCGGCUUGAGGAACGGCGAGGUUCUCCAAGAGAGCGGCAUCAACGAUCUUAUCUUCAGCAUUCCGAAGCUUGUCAGCUUCUUGUCUCAGAGCACGACCCUGCCUGCUGGCACCGUUAUCAUCACCGGUACUCCCGCCGGUGUUGGCUUGGGCCGUACGCCCAAGGUCACCUUGAAAGAUGGUGAUGAAUUCAAGGUUGAGAUUCUGCCUCACAUUGGAACUUUGGUAAACGUCUUCCAGAACGAGGGUGUCACUGCUGUGGGACAAUAG